UACAUGUGUACACCAGGCUUUUAUUUUAUACCUUUCUCUUUCUUUCUCUCUCUCUCUCUCUCUCUCUCUCUCUGUUUCUCUUUCUCUUUUUAUAGCUCCAUUUCUCACUCUUUCGAUCUUUUUCUUCCUUUCCAUUUCUCUCUUUAUUUCUAUCUUUCUCUCUGUCUCAGCAGAUAGGCCUUGAUAAAUAGAUAGAUAGAUAGAUAGAUAGAUAGAUAGAAACACAGACAGACAGACAACAGACUUUAUUGAUUAUAAAUGUUUAACAUCAAGACAAGCACACUCACAACAUUACGUCAUUGCUUGUCACCUGGUGUUUGUGUGUUUUAAGGUUACAACUUAAACAACCUCGUAAUUAACUAGGAGAAUGUGACAUGCAGCAAGCAUAGUGUAGCAUUAGUGGACACAUCAUUUAUGUAUGGAGAAAGAGGGGUAGGGUGAGCAACACAGCUGUGUUCGAUCUUACAACAGAUCGUAGAAAGAUGAUUUGUUUGUACACAGCUCAUUGUGGAUGGAUGCAUUUUGUUAUAGUUCUUACAGUAUUUGAGAAUGUUCAGACUCAGCCCGAACCCCAAUGUGUGAUGAAAGAACAGCUAGACAGCAACCUGCCUGAUGCUAGCUGGACAAUCGGCACGGCAAUGCCCGAACAAGACUGCCUAAAGGAAUGCCUGUCCACUGCCCAAUGUGAAGCUACGACCCAUGUUGGUGUGUGUAAAUUUAGCAGCUAUAGCUCCGGGGUUUUCCAAUCUGAUGGAGAUAAAAUUUUUCUCAAAAAAUGCGAAAUUAUAAUAAGCGAUACCUCUGUGACAUCAGUGAUAAGCACCACAUCAAUAACUACAUCAGCAGCUUCUACAACAUCUCCUGGAGUUACAUUUUCAACCACUACAUCAGCAUCUGUGACUACAGAAACAGCUAACGUUUCUAUAUCUUCAGGAGCUACAAUAUCAACCACUUCCACACCAAUGGUACCAUCAACCACUUCCAUACCAAUGGUGACAUCAACCACUUCCACAUCAAUGAUGACAUCAACCACUUCCAUACAAAUGGUGACAUCAUCAACCACUUCCAAACCAAUGGUGACAUCAAUUAAUUCAACGUCAUCUGGGAUUACGACGCCAAACCAAAUGUUGACGACUACAAUGAUGCCUUCUAUGGUUACAACUCAGAAGACCACAGCAUCAACCAUCUCCACAACCCAAGUGACUACGCUGAAGAACACCACGACAACAGCGACGGCAUCCACACUAACCACAACCCAAAUAAGGAAACAAGUACAAGUUGAAGAUCGCCCUUGCUCAACACGGAGCACACAAAUUAUUUAAAACGUGUACACGUGUUUGUCUCUACCUGUUGAACCUGUCUAUGCUCAAUCUGUACACUGCCGAGUAAUACAAGAAAUCUGGAAAUGUAGAAAUAAACAAGAAAAACAUAAAAUUCCUUUUUAAAAAAAUCCAAAGCUUAUAGGAGUCUAGAUCUAGAAUACAAAGUCAAUUGUAUGUUAGUUUGGAUCUGUUAUGUAACCUAAUUAAAUUUGUAAUAAAUCUAGAUCAACAACAAUAAAUCUGUGCUAUUGGAAAUAUUUUUACCAAUUGUUUUGGGCUU